CGGCGGCGGCAGCAAGAUGAGCUACGAGCACCGCCGGGAUAGGGGCCGCGGGGGCGGGCCCCGCGCUUCGCAGUCGUCGACGUCGUCGUCUGGCCGCGGCGGAGCUGGAGGCGGCGGAAGAGGUGGUGGUGGUGGCGGCGGCGGUGGCGGCCGGGGCCGACCCCCUCCGCACCUGAAGGGCCGCGAGAUUGGCCUGUGGUACGCUCGGCGGCAGGGCGAGAAGAGCAAAGAGGCCGAGAGGCAGCAGAGAGCUGUGGUGCGUAUGGAUGAGCGCAGAGAAGAACAGAUUGUACAGUUGCUGAACACUGUCCAGAGCAAAAAUGAAAAAGAACAAGAAGCCAUGUCUUGGUGGUCUGAUGAAGAAGGGUACACAAAGGAGACCCCUCCAAAACCAAAGCCUGUUGUGGAAAAACCUGUUGUUGAGAGGGCACCUAAAAGAACUAGACCAAUAUUGGAAAAAACAUUCCUUGAUCAAGAUUCAGAAUAUCUCUUAGAAGAAAAUAAACCUGAUGUUGAUUUAGAUGAGCAACUUAAAGAAGAAUUGAAAAAGAAAAAAACUGAUUCCAGAUAUAUUGAAAUGCAGAGAUUUCGCGAGAAGUUGCCUUCUUAUGGAAUGAGAAAGGAGCUUGUAAACAUCAUAAAUAGCAGUCGGGUAACCGUUAUAAGUGGGGAAACUGGCUGCGGAAAGACAACUCAAGUUACUCAGUUCAUCUUGGAUGACUAUAUUGAGCGAGGGAAGGGGUCUUCCUGCAGGAUUGUAUGUACUCAGCCUAGAAGGAUCAGUGCUAUCUCUGUAGCAGAGAGAGUUGCGGCAGAAAGGGCUGAAGUAUGUGGUAAUGGAAAGAGUACAGGAUAUCAAAUUCGGCUUGAAAGCCGGUUGCCAAGGAAACAAGGCUCAAUUUUGUACUGCACAACAGGAAUUGUCCUACAGUGGCUCCAGUCAGAUAAGGAGUUGGCCAGUGUUAGUCAUGUAAUCCUUGAUGAAAUCCAUGAGAGAAAUCUCCAAUCAGAUGUUUUAAUGACCAUAAUCAAAGAUCUGCUAAGUGUACGACUCGACUUGAAAGUCAUAUUGAUGAGUGCUACGCUGAAUGCCGAGAAGUUCUCAGACUAUUUUGACAGUUGUCCUAUGAUCCAUAUUCCUGGAUUCACCUAUCCUGUCAAGGAGUACCUUUUGGAAGAUGUAAUUGAGAAGCUACGAUACAUUCCAGAAAAUACGGAUCGCAGACCACAUUGGAAAAAGAGGUUUAUGCAGGGGCACAUAAGCAGGCCAGAAAAGGAAGAAAAAGAAGAAAUUUAUCAUGAGCAGUGGCCAGAUUAUUUGAAGCAGCUGAGAGGACGGUAUUCAGAAAGUACAAUUGAUGCAUUGGGAAUGAUGGAUGAUGAGAAAGUUGACCUCGAUUUGAUUGCAGCACUGAUCAGAUACAUUGCUCUUGAAGAAGAGGAUGGUGCAAUACUUGUAUUUCUCCCUGGAUGGGACAACAUUAGCACUCUAAAUGACCUUCUGAUGUCUCAAGUUAUGUUUAAGUCAGAUAGGUUCGUUAUUAUACCUCUGCAUUCGUUGAUGCCUACUGUUAACCAGACCCAGGUUUUUAAAAGGACCUCCCCUGGAGUCCGUAAAAUUGUAAUUGCUACCAACAUCGCUGAGACUAGCAUCACCAUAGACGAUGUGGUAUACGUUAUAGAUGGAGGAAAGAUAAAGGAAACUAACUUUGAUACACAGAACAACAUUAGCACGAUGGCUGCAGAGUGGGUUAGCAAAGCAAACGCUAAGCAGAGGAAAGGUAGAGCAGGAAGAGUCCAGCCUGGUAACUGCUACCACUUGUACAAUGGUCUGCGUGCCAGUUUGUUAGACGAUUAUCAGUUGCCAGAAAUCCUGAGGACACCUUUGGAAGAACUUUGUUUGCAAAUCAAGAUCUUAAAGCUUGGAGGAAUUGCCCAUUUUCUGAGCAAAUUGUUGGAUCCACCAUCACGUGAUGCUGUGUUGUUAUCCAUUAAAAAUCUCAUGCAGCUGAAUGCCUUGGAUAGGCAAGAAGAAUUGACUCCCCUUGGAGUUCAUUUGGCGCGAUUACCAGUGGAGCCACACAUAGGAAAAAUGAUUCUCUUUGGAGCUUUAUUCUGUUGCUUAGAUCCUGUUCUCACUAUUGCUGCCAGCCUCAGCUUCAAGGACCCUUUUGUCAUUCCCUUGGGUAAAGAAAAAGUAGCAGACGCAAGAAGAAAGGAACUGUCAAAGAGUUCUAAAAGUGAUCACCUCACCAUUGUGAAUGCUUUCAAGGGUUGGGAAGAGGCCCAGCGACGUGGCUUCAGGUGUGAAAAGGAUUAUUGCUGGGAGUAUUUUCUUUCUUCAAAUACUCUGCAGAUGCUGCGUAACAUGAAAGGGCAGUUUGCUGAACAUCUCCUUGCAGCUGGGUUUGUGAAUAGUAGAAGCCCCAGAGAUCCCAAAUCCAACACGAACUCAGACAAUGAGAAGCUACUCAAAGCUGUUAUUUGUGCUGGCUUAUAUCCAAAGGUUGCAAAGAUCCGAGCAAACUUCAGCAAAAAGAGAAAAAUGGUUAAAGUUUCCACUAAAACAGAUGGAACGGUUUACAUCCAUCCCAAGUCUGUCAAUGUUGAAGAGACAGAAUUCCAUUACAACUGGCUUGUUUACCAUUUGAAGAUGAGGACAAGCAGUAUAUACCUGUACGACUGCACAGAAGUCUCUCCAUACUGCCUUUUGUUCUUUGGGGGAGAUAUUUCUAUUCAGAAGGACAAAGAUCAGGAUACAAUUGCUGUGGAUGAGUGGAUUGUUUUUCAGUCUCCAGCAAGAAUAGCACAGCUCGUGAAGGAUUUGAAAAAAGAAUUGGAUGACCUUCUACAAGAGAAAAUAGAAAACCCACACCCUGUGGACUGGAACAAUACUAAAUCAACUGACACUGCACUGCUGACAGCCAUUAUAGACUUAAUCACAACACAGGAGAAUGAAACUGCCAGAAACUCUGCCCCCCGUUUCCAGAGCGAAGAAUAUAGUUAACACUGUUCCUUUUGGCCGCUGAAGAGAUGGCAGCUCUACCAGUUCAUUGUUGACAGUUUAUCUUUGGGCAUCUUGGAAUUUCAUUUUUAGUAUCGGUAGUUCAUAACGGCUGUGUAUGGCGUUCAUUGUAUAAAGUAGCUGUUUAUCUAGUUGCCAGUGCUGCAUAGUUGUAUUCUGCAUGUAUGACGCUGCUUCUUGAGGACUGUCAUUGUCAGGUAAAAAGAUGGAUGAAACUGAA